UCGACGCGCGCUGUUGUUUGUGCAGCGAGUUGCCUGCCGUUCGAUCCUCGAAGCCACAGCAGUACCAAAUUCAAAUAUGAAUUCCCAAUCGUCGGCGCGUCGGUAUCCGCACAGUUUCUCCAUCGAUCAGAUUCUGGCCAAGCCAGAGCUGCGCACCACCAAUAACUUCGAGGUGAUUGGCACGCCACAAGCCGCAUCGCAGGAUGACAGUGGCAGCGGCAGCACUUGUGAUGUGUCGCGCGUCUCCAGUCCGGCCACAUCGAGCUGCAUGGAGGAUGCUCUGGACGAUUCCAAAAGUGAUAUAGAUAUUGCCUCAGAUGACGGCAACGCGCUCGGCGACGAUCGAAAGAAGCGACCGCGAACUGCCUUCUCGGCGGCACAAAUCAAGGCACUGGAAACGGAGUUCGAGCGGGGCAAGUAUCUGUCGGUGGCCAAGAGGACGGCGCUGGCAAAGCAGCUCCAGCUGACGGAGACGCAGAUCAAAAUCUGGUUCCAGAAUCGUCGCACCAAAUGGAAGCGCAAGUACACGUCGGAUGUGGAGACGCUGGCCUCCCACUACUACGCCCAGCUGGGCAUCGGGGGCCUGGCCCGACCCAUGGUGGUCGGAGAUCGCCUCUGGCUCUUCAGCCAAACGCCCGCCGGCCCCACACCCAUCCAGUCCAUCAUGCUGAACGGCAGUGGUUCCGCUGCGCCCAUGACAGCGGCCACAGCGACGCCAAUGCGUCCGUAUCCAACCAGCGGCGGAAUGCCACCGCUGCCGGUACCCAGUGUCAUGGAGAGCGCUCGCAAUGCCAUUCUGUCCCGUGGACAGCCCCUCAACUUUGCCCUGCCCUUUGGCGUGUCCAAGUCGCCUGCGGGUGGAGGAGGUGGAGUGCCCUCCGGCAGCUAUGUGCCGCGCUGCAAGUCCUAUGCGGGAGGGUACAUGGACUACGUCCCGCCACAUCCUCAGAGCGAGGCAUAUCUCCAGCUGAAGUACGCCACCCUGACACCGGAAAUGGAAACGGAAACAAGCUCGACCAACGGCCUGGCCGAGCUGGAACGUGUUUUUGGGGACGCCAAUGCCAACUUUCUGCAGCACCGGAGCGUCCCUGGCACAGGAGGUGCCACGUCCUAUGGUCACGAGGCACUGGCCCAGGCCCAGCGCAGCCGCAGACCCACGCAAUCGGAGUCCGAGUGCAGCGACAUCGACUGCGAGCAGCUGGACGAGGAUGAGGAGACGGCAGCGGCAGUGGCAGCGGCAGCGGAGUAGCCAGCAGCCAACUAUUUGGAUGCAGUCAUCUUAAGAAUUUAUUUUAUGUAUGUUCCAGUUUAGAUAGGAAAACUACCCGUCAAGAAACUUGAAUAUCGAAUUGUAUCAAACAUUUCAAGGGCAGACAAGUUCAUAAGUCACGAAAGAGUGAAAUACAAUUUGGUUACAGCCCGAUUGAUGUCGUAGGCAAUCCAGACUAUUUGUAGCAUAUAAUCUCCUUCCGGAAAUGGCAGCACACUACUAAAAUGGUGAUUAAAAGUCGUGGUGGGUAUCUUUUCCAUGAUAACAG